CUGUCUCAGAACUCAUAAACAUGUACCUACUGUGUCCUUUUCGUUGGCAACCAUGGUUUCAUUUUUAUAGCUAACUGUACUGUAGUUACCAAACUCAUCAUUUUUGUGCCAACAACACUUCAGUUCAUCAGAGUCAAGCUCAAAUAGGGAGUGUUUAUCUGCACAUGCAGUACUCAAUUUCAUGGUAGUUAUAUAUUUAUUUCUGCAGCAUAAUGGCUUACCGAUGCAUGGCUAGGUUCCAAAAUCACUUGAUUUUCUUGAUUUACGAGAUGGAGUUUUGCCUGUUCUGUGGAAUGAACCAUAUUAAAGCGGUCCAAAAAAUAGGCAUCAGUUUAGUCUCAUAUUUAACUUAAGGUUUAGCAUGUAAGCUAGAUGUCUCUUUUUGUUUGACUUUGCCUCUCUUGAUGAGUGUACCAUCAUAUUUUCCUACUGAUCUUGGAUAACUGACUCAUGAAGGGAAAUGUUGUUUAUUCAAUGCACAUAAGGAUACCUAUUUCUUGUUGCCAGAAAGGUCCUAAUCCUACUGCAGGUACUGUAAACUGUUCAAGAUGGGGUUAUCUCAUGCUUUAGGCUACUAAUAUGAAGCCAUAUACAUCAAUGGCUUCCCCAAAAGGGUAUAAUGAUGAGCACUAACAAUUUACCUAUCCGUAUGGGCAGUACAACUUAUCUGUAGAGUUCCAAGACAAUGCCAGUUUAUGUUACUCCCCUACUCGGUAAUUGUGGGUGCGUCAACUUGAUUUCAGUUUUGGCAAGGUAGUAUAGAAUGGAAUCAUAUUACUGUUGAAGGAUUCUUUAAUGUCAAGCUAAACAAUGGGCCCAUCAUGGAAUGGAAACUUCUCACACUGAUCUGAUCAGCAGAUUAUUAUUUUGAGCAAUUUCAACUUGCAGCUAGCAUGGGGAUGUUCCAACUUCAACUGCACAGAAGAAGACAAGUUUGUUUUCAACUGGUAUGCCUUUAUUUGGAAAUCUGAAUUUUUAUCCAAUAUUUCUCUCUUAUUUUUAGUAGGUAUGAUCAGAGAAGGCUUUGUACUCUCUCGUCAACUGCCUUGUUGCAGUCAGUUAGAGUUAUAUAUAUUCACUCGAACUGCAUAAUAUUAUCUAGCAGCUUGUUCAGUAGAUUAGAAACAUAAAUGCCUCCUACGUCAACUUGUGCUUGCUGUAUCUUUAAAAACUGCAGCGUUAUCUUUUCCUAGUUUAACAAAAAGACAAAAGAAACUGUCCCCGCUACACACGGUUUGAUGGUUAUGCUGCUAAAAAUAUCAUGCAGCAUGAUAUAUUACUGUUUGCCUCUUCGUUUUGUUGGCAGUUGGCAAUGCAGUCGUUUAUGCUCUUGCCAACUGGACUAAAUCCACUGGAGCUGUAGAUCAUUCCGUGUGAAGACCCACAUUAUCGGAGUAUCACAAAAUAGACAUUAUAAACUUAAGUAUAUUAUUUUGUUUUUGCUGGUUGAAAACUAACAAAUUGCGGUCGAUGAUUUUCAGGGUUCCUUGUUCCCUUGCUGUCAGCUGAAUGUCUCAUUUCAGCUUUACCACGUAUGCCUCUUUUGUGUUUUCUGUACUUAUAAUAUUUGCAUUGUCAAGUUGUCCUAGUUUAGUCAAAAAGAGAAAAAAAAAAGAAAGUAAGAAAAGAAACCGUGUUCAGUGUACAUUGGUCAUCUUCAGUUAUUAAAACAUACAAGUAGACUAUUUGCCUCUUCCACUUUCUGGCAAUACAUUUAUCUUCUUGCCAGCUGGAUUGAAUCAUGUAGAUCGUUGUGUGAAGAGCCACCCUAUCUGAUGUAUCAGAUGAAAAAACCUAUUAACUUGCUGUGUUAACAUUUGAUUUUUGUUCUUCCCCGGUUGUCGAAAGCUAAAGAGAACUGCUGUCUAUCAUUUUCAGGGAUCCUUUGCUUUCCUUAUUUUCAGGUGAGUGUCCCAUUUCUCCAUUACCAACUUAAUGCAAGGGACAGCCCUUUUUUUCUCAUCGAAUCUAAAAACAAAGUCAACAAACCUUGCUCCAAUUUUCUAAUGCCUCUGGGAUCAAGUGCCUGGUUUUCCGUGCCCGAUGAAUGAAUCACACUCUCACACCCCAAAGCAGAUUGUCCUCCCAUGACUCAAUUUAGUAUACUUCAGUUCAGCAUUUUUAUAACCCAUACUAUUUUGUAUUCUCGCAUCUCUGAUCAGACUGAUUCAUUAUUCAUGGACCAAUGGGCCAUCUGCUCUGCAGGGUCAGCAUAAGCACAGCAGGUUAGCCCAUUCGUUCUCUAUAAUCUGGCGUAUUCUUUCAGUUAGUGGGUUAAACGCAAUGAUCAGGUGAAAAGGGUGCAAAUUGAUGAGAUUACGGUCACAUUUCCGUGCAACCCUUUUUUAUCUGCCAUGUGUGCGUUGGAGUUUUGCUAUUUAAGAGCGAAUAGUACAGUGAUUGUGCUGGUUCCUUCAUUGUUGAAUCAUCUCUCAACAGCAAUACGGGCAACUUUCAGAGAAAUUCAGACUUGAGCCCAAGAGACAAGGGGGACAAGUUCUUUUUGCUUCAUUUCUAAUUCACCAUCACGCUUUCCACGACGUUCGUUUGGUUACUUAGUUAAUCCUCAAUAAUUGGGGAGGUGAAACCCUUUUUGGUUUAUGAUUAAAACCUGUAGGUAACAAGGUGACAAACCUGGCAUAGUAUUCCAUUGGAUUUGUGAAUCUUGAGAGGGUUGGUGGUGAUGGCCUAUGCUUUGAUGUAUGACCGUACUGAUGCGUAGUACCGUUCCUUUUGCAUCAUCAUACAUGUCACCAGGGACCAUGACCAAAUGCAUGAUCCACCGGUUCCAUCUCCCCAGGUUGAUCGGUCUCAUCCAACAUAUAUUGCCUCUACUUUCAUCUUCAUGUUAAGCUAAUUUUGUUACUACUACUGAAACUAUGCCCCCAUUGCCUGCACAAAAGUCAGCUCACAGUGAAGAAAACACUACUAGCACAUGGAAAUAAAGAUGAAAGAUGCCAUAAUACAUGUGUCCUCAGACCAUUUGACCUCAAAGUUUUCAAUAUGCUAGUAUUUGUUUCAUUUAAGUUAUGAGGGAGGUGAGGGUUUGUCCCGUUCCGGUUUUAUUCUACCAUAUUCUUUUUUUAAUGUCAGAACGAGCGGCAUCUGCGCACAAAGUGAUUGGAGAGGCAGCCAUGUCAGGAUCAGUGGCGGUAUUCUGUCUGUACCCAGAUGACCUGACUCCAGUGACUCGUGAAGGUGAAGAGAAGCCGCACAAGCAGCUCAUCAUCUCAUCGCAUCCUCCUCCUCGUCACCCCUCCUGCCCCAUCCUCCCAACCACUCGUGACUGCAGCUGGAUGGCGACGCCGUCUAAUCCAUCUAUCUUCGUGCGCCAAAUGCAUCAUGGCACCAUCAUCAUGGGGUAUUUUUUCCCACGUGAUUCCGGAAAAAAACAUCUCCACUCGCACUCCUGUACGGUCGAUCGGACGGUCCACGUCGCGCGAGUUGAUGAUCCAACGGUCGUCAUCGUCUCAGGCAGACUUAAAGGCUUCCUCCUCCCCAACCUCUGCUCCGGCAGUUACCAGUUGAGCAGCCUCGCCGCCGUCUCCGCCUCCGCUAUUAUGAGUUCCACUCCUCCACCACCGUAACCUCUACUCUACUAGCCCCACCUCCUCCUCCUCCUCUUCGCCGCCGCCGCCUCCGCCUCCGCCGCCGCAGAUCUCGCCGCGGUAGCGGGAAUGGUGAGCGCGUCAAGCCUGCUGCUCCCGUCGUCCGUGCGGGACUUCGCCUCCUGCAUCGGCGACGGAGCCGUCCGCGUCGCCGACGUCGCGGCGUGCACCGCGCCGUCCUCCACCCGCGUCUCCACCUGCUCCUCCUCCUCCUCCACCACCGCCUCCUCCUCCUCCCCGACGCUCUCCGUCACCGUCUCCUACCGCGCCACCCUGCUCGCGGCCCCCGCGCCGCCGCUGCAGCUCCGCCUCACGUGGGGACACUCCCCGCUCGGCCCCACGCUGUCGUUCGCGCCGUCGCCCACCGCCCGCGCCAUCCAGCUCCGACGGAGGAGGGGCUCCCGCUCCCUCCCCUCGGGCUCCAGCUCCGGCGACGAGAACGGGGGUGGUGGUGAUGAGUCCGGUACUACCACGCCGCCCCCGCCCCCGCCGCUCGCGCUGUUCUGGGAUCUCACCGCCGCGCGGUACGACCCCGCGGCGUCGUCGCCGGAGCCGGUGUCCGGGUACUACGUGGUGGCGGUGGCCAGCGCGGAGGUGGUGCUCGCGGUGGGCGACCUGGCGGCGGAGUUCGUCAAGGCUAAGUUCGAGGGCCAGAUCCCGCGCGCCCGCGUCGCGCCCGUCUCGCGCGUGGAGCGCGUCGUGGUGUCCGACCCGGCGGCGAUGCACGCCGCGCGCGUCCGGUUCGCGGAGGGCGGGCCCGAGCACGAGGUCAGCGUCAGCUGCGCGCCCGCCGCCCCCGGCUCCGGCGGCGGAGGGGACGAGCUGUGGGUGUGCGUCGACGGCAAGCGCGCGGUGCAGGCGUGCCGGCUGCGCUGGAACUUCCGGGGGAACCAGACGGUGUUCGUCGACGGCGCCCCCGUCGACGUGAUGUGGGACCUCCACGGGUGGUGGUUCCGGGAGCCGCCGGGCUGCGCGGUGGUGAUGCUCCGGGCGAGGAGCGCGCUCGAGAGCCGCCUAUGGCUGGAGGAGGAGGCCGCCGCGCCGGGAUUCUCCCUCAUCGUGCAGGCGUUCAAGUCGCCACCCUGACGAACGCCAUCUUCUUCUUCUCCAAGAGGUCAAAUCUGUUCACUGCUCUGGUUACUGUCUGUCUCCAUUGGGAGAAUUUGGUGGUCUCAAUUCUUUACCAAACCAUCAAAGCAAAAGCAAAAUGAUGUGUGGUUGUUGUUUAUUGCAACUUAGGUGUUAGAUUUUUCAUGUUGGGGAGAAAAAAAACACAAGAUCAUGAACAGGGCAUAUACAUUGAUGAGAUUGGUGUGUGUGUAGUGUAGGAUCCUCUUCUUUUAUUUCUUCAUCUUUUCUGAAUAAUUGUUAGUUUGGUAUUGUGUCCGUACAGUUAACAAACAACAACAGAAAGCAAUUUAGAGUGUGUUUUAAUUCUGUUAAUUAAGCUGUGCUGCAUGAGGUGGUGCAGCCAGAAAAUGGAUUGUGAAGCGCUGGUUUAUGCUUGAUGUAAAAUUUAAAAUCACGCAUUGCAUUUA